AUGUUGAAAAUUCUGAAGUUAGGUUUCGUUUUAACAUUAGCAACUUUUUGUGAGACAGCUAAUAUUUUGUACGCGAUUCCUUAUUCUGUGAAGUCACAUUAUAUUAUGCAAAGGCCAGUGGGGUUGGAAUUGGCUCGUAGGGGACAUAAUGUUACUGUUAUAACUGCUCACAGGGAAAUCGAUCAUCCCCCGAAUUAUCAUCAAGUCAUGGUCGUGAAUAAAACUAUUUGGAACGUCCUUGGACGAGAGCGGCCAAAUCUUUUCACACUGGUAGAGUACUCAGCAGAACAGCUUCACAAAGAGAUUCUUUGGAAAGGUGGAUUAGCUCUGACGGAAGGGUCAUUGAAAUCCGCCGAAGUACAAUCGCUAUUAGCAGAAAACCGAACCUUCGAUUUAGUGAUCAGCGAGUUCUUUUUCCAAGAAGCCACAUACGCUCUAGCUCAUAAAUACAAUGCCCCAUUAAUUUUAAUAUCAACCAUGGUGAAUUGUAUGAAACAUAGUCUGCUAACAGGUAACCCUCUGGAAUUAGCAACGACAAGUUUUGAGUUUCUGGACGCGAGGAAUCCUACCAGUUUUUGGGGAAGAUUGAGGAAUUUAUACUUGAAUGUGUACGACUAUUUCUGGUGGCGCUAUUGGUUUUUAGAAAAACAAGAAGAAUUAGUGAGGAAGUACAUUCCUAACUUGCCGCAGCCUGUGCCCAGUUUGUAUGAUUUAGAGAAGAAUGCAUCGCUGUUGUUUUUAAACAGUCACUUCUCCUUCCAAUCCCCUGUGGCGUUCCUUCCGAAUAUUAUUGAAAUUGGAGGAAUACAUCUCAAGGAAAGUGAUUCCCAGUUACCAGCUGAUCUCCAAAAACUUCUAGACGAAGCAACUGAAGGAGUGGUUUAUGUUAAUUUCGGAUCGAAUGUACGAAGCACAGAAUUGCCGAUCGAAAAAAAGAACGCUUUAAUCAACGUUUUCAAGCGAUUGAACCAAACCGUCCUUUGGAAAUGGGAAGCUGAGAGUCUAGAUGAGAAGCCGGAUAACGUUGUAGUUAGGAAAUGGAUGCCCCAAAAGGAAAUAUUAUCACACCCCAACAUCAAAGUAUUUCUCUCACACGGAGGUCUCAUAGGCACAUUGGAGGCAGUAUUCCACGGAGUACCAAUUAUCGGCAUACCAGUCUAUGGAGAUCAAUACAAGAACUUAAUAAAAGCAGAAGAAGCUGGUACAGGUACUACACUGUUAUACCACGACAUCAAUGAAGACAACCUAGAACGAAUACUACACGAAUUUUUAAAAGACGAUUCUUACUUGAAACGAGCUAAAGAACUUUCUAGAAGAUUCAAGGACAGACCGAUGUCACCUUUAGACACAGCUAUGUACUGGAUCGAGUAUGUCAUCAGGAAUAAAGGAGCCGAUCACAUCAAGAGUCCAUCUUUAAAAAUGAAUUGGAUAACUUAUAAUAUGUUGGAUGUUUACGGUUUUAUUGUUAUCGUUUUAGGCUUAUGCAGUUACGUUAUCUAUAAAAUAUGGGAAUUGGUCAGUCAAUGUAAAUUCCUCGUGAGAGUUGGUUUCGGACAUCGUAAACUGAAGUGUCUAUAA